CGGACGACACGACCUUCUAAGCUCCUUGGAGUGAUACUUGAGUGCACGAGAACUCAACAGCGCUCUAUCAGCUUUCGUCAUGGUGUCCUUCCAGUGUCAUAACUGCGGCGACGUCGUCAAGAAACCCAAGCUCGACCAGCACAGCAGCCGAUGCGGCGGCGGCUUCGACUGCAUCGACUGCAGCACAUCCUUCCACACGCCUGCGCAAUGGAAACCGCACACCUCAUGUAUAACGGAGGCGGAGAAGUAUCAGAAGGGGUUAUACAAGGGACCGAAGCACAAUGGUGCUCAGCAGAGCGGGCCGCGAGGGGCGAAGAAGGGAGGUCAGGGAAAGGGCGGCAAUAAUCAGAACGCAAAUGGUAGCACCCCUGCUGCACCGCCAACUACCGAACCGACUCCUGCACCUGCACCGGCGCCGGCCGCUGCUCCCGACGUCGUGGCUAACGGUACGGCGUCUGCGUCUGACCGUGCUGCGUCGGGUAAGGACAGCAAGAAAGAGAAGAAGGAUAAGAAGAAGCGCAAGUCUGUAGGGGACGAUGCGGUACGUUUUCUCAGUCAGUAUCUCUGCACCGCGGGCUGA